UUGCAUCCCUUCCUCACUAGUGAAUACUUUGUGUAUAUUAAUUGACCUUAUUGCCGCUAAGAGUCUAAAACAUUUGAGCUCUGAUUUCCAAUUGUUUUACGAGAAUUGCUUCCUUUCCAUAAACAAUUUGAAGAAAUUUCUGAGCACAGGAAAAGAGUUCACUAUCAUGGCUUGGUCAGCUGUGGCAUCUGCAGUGACAACAAUCGGCAAGCUGCUAACCGACGAAGCAGUCUACCUAUGGGGCGUGGAAAAGCAAGUCGAUCGUUUGCAAACUAAGCUCAAGUGGAUGCAAAGCUUAUUGCUGGAGGCCGAUGUUAAACAGCAUGACGACGAGAGGAUUCGUCUUUUGGUUGCUGAAAUCAGAGAGCUUGCCUAUGAUGCCGAGGACGUUAUCGAGGAUUUCGCUCUCAGGAUUGGGUCCAAAAAGAAGGCUGGUCUUUCCGGUUGCAUCAAAAGAUCCGCCUGCCUCUUGAAAGAUGGAUGGACGCUCCACGAAACACGUUCAAAGAUCGAGGAAAUCUUUGAGAAAAUACUCGACUUGCUCGGACGAUUACAAGUGUAUGGCGUGAAGGGAUUGAGGGAUGGGGAUGGGUCGAGUUCUUUCAUUGCAAAGCAGGAGUUAAGGCGGCCUUAUCCUCAUAUUAUAGAUCAAAAUUAUGUUGAGCGAAAUGAUGGUGACAUAGAGAAAUUGGUUUCAGAACUUGUCGAGGGAACUCAAUUCAAGGUUGUUUCCAUAUGGGGAAUGGGUGGUCUGGGGAAGACCACUCUUGCCAAGAAACUAUAUCAUCACAGCCGAGUUACAAGCCGUUUCGAGCACAGAGCUUUUGUAUUUGUCUCUCAACAAUUCCAAACUAGAAAAGUUUGGAAAGACAUUCUAUCUGAUUUGGGAAAAUUGGGUGAAAAUGACGGGAAGCUGACCGACGUGGCAUUAGCAAGCAAGUUGUUUAACUUGUUGAAAGAUGAAAAAUGUUUGGUAACAUUGGAUGAUGUUUGGAGCAGCGAGGCUUGGGAUCGCCUCAAACCUGCGUUUCCAGUUGCAAGGGGCAUCCAUAGCAAUAGUAAGAUAUUGCUCACCUCUCGAAACAAGGAGAUAGUUUCCCAAACAGAUGCAAGCGUUUAUUUGUAUGAGUUGCCAAUUUUGAACGAUGAAGAAAGUUGGGAAUUGUUUCAAAAAAUUGCGUUUCCUUCAGAUUCUACAGAUAAAACGGUUGAUGGUGAGAUAAAGGAGUUCAGGCAAGACAAGGGCAAACGACGUGCAGAUGAUACGGUUGAUGGUGAGAUAAAGGAGUUGGGACAAGACAAGGGUAGACAAUGUGCUGAUGAUACAGUUGAUGAUAAGAAAAAGAAGUUGGGACAAGACAAUGGUAAACGACGUGUAGAUGAUACGGUUGAUGAUAAGAAAAAGGAGUUGGGAAAAGACGAGGGUAAACAAUGUGCUGAUGAUAAGAAAAAAGAGUUGGGAAAAGUAAUGGUUGAACAAUGUGGAGGGUUGCCAUUAGCCAUAAUUUUGUUGGGAGGAAUUUUGGCUAAUAAAAGCUCAUUGGAUGAAUGGCAAAAGGUGAGUGAAAAUGUUAAAUCAUACUUGAAUAGAAGCAAAGUCCAAGGCCAAGGAACUAGGGAAGUGUUAGCAUUAAGCUAUGAUGAUUUACCUGCCCAUUUAAGAUCCUGUUUUCUUUAUUUAAGCCAUUUCCCAGAGGAUUAUCAGAUAGAGGCAGAAAGAUUGAUUCAAUUAUGGGUUGCUGAAGGUAUAGUUUCAUCAACGGAAGAAGGGGACGGGGAGUGGGGAGUCGCAGAAGAUGUGGCAGAGAAUUACUUAAUGGAGCUUGCGGAAAGGUGCAUGAUUCAAGUACGAGACAGAGACGUUGUAACCUCAAAGGUCGAAACAAUUCAGAUGCAUGACCUAAUAAGAGACCUUUGCUUGUCAAAAGCAAAAGAAGAGAACUUCGUCUUCAUUGUAGAUGAGUCAAAUGCAUUCUCGUUGUCCACAAUUCGAAAGGUUCGCAGAGUUUCUAUGCACGAGCUCUUUGAGACAAAGUACAUUAGAUGUCCAAAUCUUCGAUCACUUUCCUUCUUUAAUAAAAGGCAUCUAAGAGAGUUAUUUGAGGUAGAAACACCUUCGGCCUGUACAAAAAGUCCAUUCAGUCGGCUGCAUUGUUUUUGGGAUAUUUUGGCUGCAUAUAUUAGUUUUCUAAAAGCUCGGGGAUUUUGGGUACAUAUAUUCAUCAAUUUGAAAUUGAUCAGAGUUCUAAACUAUGAAGGGAGGAAAACAUAUGCGGAUUGCAAGUUAAUCGGUGAUAUUGGGAAUCUCAUUCAUUUAAGAUUCUUGAGUCUAGUAGGAAUCGUAUUCAGAAGUACAAAAUUGCCAUCAUCUCUGGGAAACUUAAGAUGCUUGCAAACCUUGGAUUUACAAAUUCGUGAAAAGGAUAUCCACGUACCUGACGUGAUAUGGAGGAUGGAGGAACUGAGACAUCUAUAUCUCCCUUACUGUUGUGAUGACAAAACAAAGUUGAGGUUGGAUACUUUGAGAAAGCUCCUCACAUUAGUGAACUUCAAAACCAAGAAUUGUUAUCUGAAGGAUCUUAGCAACAUGACAAAGCUUAGAGAGUUGCUGAUUCAAGGGCCUUUCGAGAUUGAAGAUUUUAACGAGGAGUUGGACAAUAAUCCACCCAUAAUCCGAAGUAAAUAUCUUCACACCUUGUAUAUUUUUAGUGAGAGAAUAGAUAUAAGACAUUUGACAUGCCUCCUCUCAAGCUGCGUUAGCAUUUGUAAGUUGACAAUACGAGCGGUGAUAAGUAAGUUGCCAGAGCACUUGUCUUCAAAUCUCGCUUACAUAAGGUUGGAAAAUUGCAAGCUUCAGGAAGAUCCAAUGCCAACACUAGAGAAGCUGCCUAACUUAAGGUUUCUUAAGUUCGUUAGGAAACCUUUCAUUGGAAAGCAAAUGUGUUGCUCUGCACAAGGUUUUCCUAAACUGGAGUCUUUGAGCCUUUGUGAUCUUAAGAUGCUGGAGCAGUGGAAGGUGGAUAAAGGAGCCAUGCCUUGUCUUCGACAAUUGGAGAUUGAAAACUGUGAAAAGUUAAAGAUGCUUCCAGAUGAAUUGAGGUUCAUUACAACCCUCCAAGAACUGGAGACUAAAAAAAUGCCAAAGGAAUUCCAUGAUAAAGUGGUGCAAGGAGGACAAGAUUCCGACGAAGUCCAAGAUAUUUGGUCAUAUUCCAGGACAUACAAACGGCGAUAUACCACUAACUCGGAGGGAGGAGACAGGUCGUCUAUUUGGAUUUGAUCCAUGGAAACGGAAAAGAAGGCAUUAUAUGGAAAAUUGUGUUGUCGUUUGUUUAAGAAUUGGUGUGAGAUUAUUAUUUUGUAAGAUUAUGUUGUAUGGUGUGGAUUCUAUUGUUCUUGACAUGAGAUUUGCUUUCAACUUCAGAUUAGAUUCGAGUGUGUGGUGUGUUAUUUUCGAUUCCUUUAAACUUCAGGAUUGGUUGUUUGAAUUGUAAUCCAUUGCUGUUUAAGCAAGCAUGUUGGUUUGGU